AUGAAGACUGGUGUAACAUGUUCUGUUAUUUGGUUAUUUACUCUGUUUUGUUAUUCAGAGGCAUCAUCAUUCCGUUGUGACUACAAGUACAGCAGUAAAGCCAAGGGUUGGUUCAAACAUUUCGUGGUACCAGCUACUUGGGCUGACGCACGACUACGCUGCACACUGGAAGGUGCAAUACUGGCUUCUCCACUUAACGCAAAUAUCGAAGCUGAGAUUAAUAAAAUCAUGGACACAUUUUUCACGUCGGAAUCAGAAAUCUUUACAGGACUUCACGCGACUUUGACAGGCGACUUCUAUACUGUUGAAGGUGUACCUCUAAGUGAAGUGUCAUUAGUUUGGGCUGAAGAAGAGCCAAAUAAUGCAGGGAAUGAAGAACAUUGUGUCACGUUCAACGGGAAUGGCGAAGCGGCUGACAGGUCCUGUCAUGAGACUCGACCUUACAUCUGCUUCCGUUCAGCCAAUCUUAAGACUGAGGCCAAUGAAUGUGGAACUAUAGAUCCUGAAUACAAAUUGGAUUCGAGAACGAAUUUUUGCUAUAAGUUCCACACAGUACCUCGCAAGUUCAGUCGUGCGCACUUCGCGUGUUCUGCUGAAGGUGGUCACCUUGCCAUAAUUAACAGUGCAGUAGAAGCUACAGUACUAAAAGAUCUAUACGCAAAAUAUCCAGAUGAAAAAAUGAUAGGAAAUUUCAGGAAAUACGCUGCUUUGAUUGGUUUCUUUGACUGGGGCGAACGUGGUGACUGGAGGACCAUUCACGGUAAAAGUAUUGAUUUUUUUUUAUAUCGGCGGCGUAUCUCGACACGUAGUAACCUAAAGUGCGAAAUAAUGCAAAAAAAUCUCCAAGGCCAGCGUCUAGCCUUGAUUUUCUUGUGUAAGGCUUAUAGGACGGUUAGCACUGAGGCCCUACCUGUGCUCGCGGGCGUACUUCUGGUCGAUCAUCAGGUGCAACGACGUGCUAUGUACUACAAUGUGAGACCUACUUUGUUUGCAAGCUUUCUAGCAUAA